AAUCCGACCACAACCUAUCUCUCCAUCUUAGAUGCCACAGUGGCUAACCACGCCCGCACGGCAGCAAUCUGGGUCUACAGGCCUCACGAGGAGCUGUCUCUGAAACGACUCAUCUUGUCCCUCCGAGAGACACUCAAGCUCUAUCCGCAUUUUAGCGGAGAGCUAGGGUUCGUAGAGGACGUCGAUUCACGGGACCAUGCUCGCCGCUUCCGCCGCCUGCAAGUGAAAUAUGGGUUCCCUACCGAUCCCGGUGUUGAGGCUAUUGUCGCCAAGUCAGAACAAGCUCUGUCCUCCAUACUUCCCGCCCCGGGAUGGCAGGACGUAUGGGACGCGAGUCAGCUGCCGGUGGAGGCGUUUAUCCCGACUGUUCCCUUGCCCCCAAGCGUAACGGGACAACCUGCCAUGUACGUGCAACUAACGACCUUUCCAGACGCACUCGCCGUCGGAGUGCAGCUCGCACACGGCAUUGCCGACGCGCACACGCUUGGUCAGUUCAUGCAUAACUGGUCCCGUAUUCACCGACGACUGCCCAUCGCGGUCUCACCUCUAUUCAAUCCCGCCCUGUUGGACAGAGCUGCCGCAGGGGACAUCGACGACGAGCGGCCUGACGGCACCCUCCUGAAAGCGUCCCUAGAACUUCCUAUGCGCCGAUACGAUUACUGGGCAUCUGCAGACGGGUGUCCCGCUUACAUGGCGAGCGCCACCCGCGUACCGGAGGAACUCGACGCGCAGACGAUCAUGCCGCUUGGCACCCCUGCGCCCUGGCGGGAAUGGGAUCCCACUGCCCUGGUAGGGCAGACGAUUCUGCACUUCACUGCCGACGAGGUCCAUCGCAUCUGGCUGGAGGCGACCUCCCAAUCUUCGAGCAUGCGGCUCAGCCACUUAGAUACACUUAUCGCAUUGCUCUGGGUCCUCAUUAACAGAGCACGCGGCCUCUCCUCCUCCGAACAUCCCGUAUACCUCAUCAACACCCUCGGCAUGCGGGGCCGCCUCGUCCCCGACAACUUCGUCGGCUCACCUCUGAUCCUAGGUAGCGCAACCGCACUCGGACGAGACGCAUCCUCGAUAGAGAACCUCUCGCAAGUCGCAGAAUCCAUCCGCGCCGUUGUCAACCGCUUCACACCGGAAGCUAUCGGGGCCCUGUUGCAUGACAUGGCGUUCGAUGACAUGCCGCAGCGGAUCUGGCACGCCUUCCUGGGAAAACAGCAUCUCAUUCUCACUUCCUGGUUGCGCAUAGGCAUCUACGACGUCCAGUUCGUCGAGGGCGAGAAUCCCAAGUUCGCAACGUCGGUGAUGCCAGUGGUGGAUGGUGUCAUACAGAUCCUGGAGGCAGGG